CAGCCUUCUUGUUUCCGGGGGAAGGAGUUCAGAACGGAGCCGGCGCUGUCAUGGCUGCCUGACAACCGCACGGUGGAGCUGGAUUGAGAGUGUCCUGAGCAUUGUAGCGAAGCUGUAAGAUCUUAGAUUUAUAGCUGUAGCAUGGCAGGAGAACAGAAGCCAUCCAGUAGCCACCUGGAACAAUUUAUUUUACUAGCCAAAGGCACUAAAGGUUCUGCGCUUCCAGCUCUAAUUAACCAAGUAUUAGAAGCCCCUGGAGUUUAUGUGUUUGGGGAACUUUUAGAUUUACCGACCGUGCAAGAGCUUGCUGAUGGUCCCCAUUCUGGAUACCUGCAGCUCCUGAACUUGUUUGCUUAUGGAACAUAUCCAGAUUAUGUUGCAAUGAAAGACAGCUUGCCAGAGCUUUCAUCCGCACAGAAAAACAAACUGAAACACCUGACAAUUGUGAGCCUUGCAUCCAGGAUGAAGUGCAUUCCAUAUUCUGUGCUGCUGAAAGAUUUGGAUAUGAGGAACCUCAGAGAGUUGGAGGAUCUAAUCAUAGAAGCCGUUUACACAGAUAUAAUUCAGGGCAAACUGGAUCAGCGCAACCAUGUGCUAGAGGUGGAUUUCUGCAUCGGACGGGACAUUCCCAAGAAGGAUAUAAGUAGCAUUGUUAAAACUCUUCAGCAGUGGUGUGAUGGCUGUGAGGCAGUUUUAAUGGGAAUUGAACAGCAAGUGCUACGGGCUAACCAGUACAAGGAGAACCACAUCCGUACACAGCAGCAAAUAGAGACAGAGGUGACAAAUAUAAAGAAGACUUUGAAAGCCACAGCUUCCUCAACUGCUCAGGACACUGACCAGCACCUUGCGGAACGGGAAGGACCACCCCUUGCCGAACAACGGCAGCCCACCAAAAAGAUGUCGAAGGUUAAAGGUCUAGUCUCCAGUCGCCACUAGUGAAGCUAAGAACAGGGAGGAGGCUCCAGGGGUACACAUCAGUUCCUGGAUUGUUUACAGACUUAACCACACACCACCAUUGUGUCAGCCUCUUUUACCCAAAACCCCUCGGAGACCCUGCCUGCUAGGAGGGACAAUAAACCCAUUAGCGCUAACAAUGCUGUGACCCAGCUCAGUUUGCGAAUUGUCCUGGCAGAUCAGGACAUGUUGCCUAAAUCUUUGUGGAUCCUUCUCGCUGCUGGAGAGGUUUGUUGUGUUAAGUCCCUGCAAGGCACAGCAGGCUUCUCUGUCAGAGAGAGGAUUACAGAAAUGGCUGCUUAUUGCUGCGUGGUUACAAAAUCCCAGGUGACUUUGGUCCUGUCAGCUCUCUCUGGAGAUUUAACAUGUGCAGUAGGGACAGGUCUGUAUAGUAGGUUUUACUAUUUUCUUAAACGUACCCUAUUUUUUUCAGGAAAUUGUAUUUUUUUCCCUCCUAUGUCAGGCAACCAACUAUUGACUUCUACAAGAGAUAUUCUAGUAAUCGAGAGUCUCUGGGUAAGGGGAGAUAGAAACUCCAGCUAUAAAAGCACUUUUGUUCUUGUACACCUAAACAACGUAAGAGGUUGUAAGUCAAUAUUGGACAUCCUGCUUAGUCUCCAAAGUGAGCAGAAGGGAAUAACAUGAUGUAAAUACAUAAAGCAUAUACAUACGUGCUGCUUCCAUCAGCAAAGCCUUAGAAUUGUCCAGAGGAAGCAUGCAUCAAUGCUAGGGUAUAGGAACAUACUCUCUGGGCUCUCUCCCAGCUAAUCCAUUUUCUUUGAACCUUAAGUGUUCUUUGGGGAUUUCACAGAUAAGGUUCACCUUUGAUAAGACACCUCUCUGCAGUGUCAUACAUCUGUUUCUGAUUCGGGCAGCGUGGAUCCAUUAUCUUGAUAUACACUGUUUCCCUCUCUGUGCAUCUAAAUCUCCAAAUAAUUAUUAAAAAAAAUACAAAUCUG